AUGGAUCAGAGCGAGAGGAACAAAGUCAUCGCUGACUUUGAAGAAGAAUCUAAUCCCUGGUUCAGGAAGUCCCGCUUUAAGGGAGGGAAAGAGAAGAAGCCAAAUGUUGGAGAAGGAGGCCUGGGUUACAGAGAGAGGCCAGGCCUUGGAUCUGAAUCCACUGAGCGCAGUAGUAGUGGUGGUUCUCCUCUUGGUAACUAUGAAGCCUUCAAACCCUCCACUGGGGCCAUGGGAGAGCGUAUGUCUGCCCUGAAGCAAGCAUUUCAGGCUCAGUAUAAAAACCACUUUGUGGCAGCAUCUGGUGUUCCUCCAAAACUCACCACAAAGUCCAGCAGCUCCUCUGGGUGGACCAGUGCGGGAAGAAGUCUAAGUUCUUUGCCUUCAGGAUCACGAGAGGGGCAUGACGGAACCCACAUCUCCUACUUGACAUUCUCAGUUUCAGACUCUUAUUCUAUCUCUUCUGCAAAAGAGGGAUCCUGUAGCGAUAAGAAUGCUGACGACAGAGGUCAUCGUGGAGAUCGUUAUCGUCACAGUAGCAGGCAAAGUGGUGGAGACCGUGAUCGCUACACAGAGAGGGACUGUCAUAACCGUGAUCGCUACACAGAGAGGGACCGUCUUAGUGACAGAGAUCGUCACAGUGAUAGCCGAAACAGUGAAGGGAGCCAUAAGGACAGAGAGGGACGGUCAGAAAGAGAUGGCGGCGUGAGUUCAGCGACUCAUAAAGAUAGCUUUGCAGUUCCUGAUCCCCCCAAACGUAAGAAAAGCAGAUGGGACAAUUAAAGUGUACAGGAAAGCAGCCGUCCACUGUUCUUUGAUCAGAAUACAAAGCUGACCCAGUCUCCCUAGCAGUGUCUUUACCUUUCUGCUUGUCUUUUUGUCUGUAUUUAAGAUGAAGCUGUUUUAAUGGUGCCUAGGAGACUCCCACUCCAUCACCCUUGUCAUUUACCAGAAAUAAAUGCAUCCAUUACAGGCUGUUUCAGCAAGUUAGAAUU